GAUUUUAUUUUUUUUUUUCCCCGUGGACGGUGUUUGGUGGAUGUUUUGUUUUUGAAUACUGUGUGUGUCUUUACGGUCGUUUGGGCGUUUCUGCGUGUUUGCCCGUCAGCCACCGUAGGCUGACGGGCGUUUAACUUUCGUUUCUGUCAAAGUGCGCGUGAAUUUCCUUCCGCAAACGCUCAGCUGUCUCAUUGUAGCGUCAACAUGGCGGAAGUGGACCUCUCUCUGCUUAGUCUGGAAAGCGAGCUGACUUGCUGUAUCUGUCUGAGCACUUUUGACUGUCCGGUCACCAUCCCUUGUGGACACAACUUCUGCCAGGCGUGCCUUCUCUCCACCUGGACGGAAGUGUACGACUGUCCGCAAUGUCGGACCCACUUCGCCGUCAAGCCGGAGCUGAAGAAGAACACCGUCCUCAGCACGGUGGUGGAGACCUUCAAAGAGCGUUCGAGCAGGAGCGAGAAGAUUGUCUUCAAAGAAGAAAGCAGUGUGAAAGUGGCCAAACGUGACAGGGUUUGCUGCGAUACGUGCAUGAAGUCACAAGCGGCCAAAACCUGCCUCACCUGCAUGGCGUCUUUCUGCGCCGAGCACCUGCGACCACACCACGACAAUCCGGUGUUCCGCGUCCACCAGCUGACUGAGCCCGUUGGCGACCUGUCGGAACGCAUCUGCCAGGACCACCGCAGGCCCAUGGAUAUCUUCUGCCCUCAGCAUGGACGCCUCAUCUGCAUCCUGUGCCUUCAAACAGUGCACAAAAACUGCGCACCUAUCUCUCCUGACCAGCAGAGGAUAAUUCAAGAGUCUGAUUUGAGAAAAAAGUUGGAUUUUGUGGAAAAGAAGAUCAAACGGAAUGAGACCGUCAUAUCUGAAAUGACAGACAUGCAGCGCACCCUGAAGGACAAGGCUCAGUACAUGAAGACGAACAUGGCUGUUGACUAUCAACAGAUCAAAGACAUGCUGGUCAGUGAGGAGCGUGACGCUAUGGGCUUACUGGACCAAGAGCUGACAUCUGGUCAGACCAAGCUCAAGGUUCUCAUUAAGCGGUUUUCAGACAAUAUCAGUAACUUGACCAAAUCCAAAGAGGAGAUCCAGAAUCUGCUAUAUCAGUCACAAACUGUGGCCUUUCUGCAGGCUUCAGUUAACCUGCCCAAAGCUGCAGCUUUUGAUCCUUAUGCCCCACAAAUCAAUUUGGAUUCCCCGAAGUUGAAAGCAGCCCAAGAGUUUACUGUUCAACUGAAGGAAGAGCUGCGUCAGAUCCAUAAUCAGCCGUAUGACGCUAGAACACCCCUGAUUAAAACAGAGAAGAAGACAGAGGAGAGCGUCCCUCCAAGACGUCCUAAAAACAUCACCCUGCCAUCUGUGCCGGCAGCCAAGCCGGUUCGUGUCAACGCUGACAUGAAAACACAUCACAAACAAAAAAAGAGCUUAGUGCUGUUGAAAGACGGCAAGGAACGUAUGAAAAAAAUGUCUCAUUCCAUGGAGCAUCUCCUUGAGAUUGAUGUCGGGCAAAAAAAAGGCAGUGUCCAAGCUUCUGAGCCCAAAGAAAAAACAGAAGCAGUGGGCCCUCCUGCAAAUAUCACAUCUGCUGAAAAAAGACACAACCUUUUGAAGUACAGCCGGGAGCUCACUUUUAACCCACAGACGGCGCACAAACGCCUGAUAUUAUCUGAGGGCUUCACCGCGGUAUCUGUGUCCAGCCAGCCUGAACCUGCAAAGUACCCCGACUGCCCUCAGCGCUUCUCCGUGUGCUCGCAGGUGCUCGCUUCUCAGGGUUUCACAAAAGGGCGCCACUACUGGGAAGUUCGAAUUAAUAACAACAACUUCACCGGCAUAGGUUUGGCUUAUCAUAGCAUCGACCGCAAAAGUCCCGCCAGCCGACUGGGCCGCAACGGCCAGUCUUGGUGUGUGGAGUGGUUUAACAUCAAAUUGUCGGCUUGGCACGACGGCAAGGAGGUUGUGCUUGACAAUCCCAACCCAAAACGCGUUGGCGUGUUGUUGGAUUUAGACGCAGGCUCGGCUACGUUCUACAACGUGACAGACAGGGCGUAUCCCUUCUACUCUUUUGUGUUCCCCUUCACUGACGCAGUGUUUCCAGCCUUCUGGAUUUUCUCCAGUGAAUCGUUGAUUUCGCUCUGCAAGCUGCAUGCGUAAGAACGUAUGAUUGACAUUCAUUACAGUCCAAUUUGCAAAAUCCGCAUUUAAUCAAACACGGCUCAUUUUUUGUUCUCUUCAAAGUGAAGAGACCAGCCCUUCAUGUGAGCCUGUCACAAGUUGAGCAUUUAAGUGACACUUCAGCGCUUUUGGGUCGGAUAGGAGAGUUAUACACUGUAUUCUUUAUUGCUUUCUUCUUAUCCGAUCCAGUAAAUGUGGUUGGUAUCAGGCCGAUACUGAUCAUUAGCAUUAGACUGGACCAUCCCUACUUAACGCUUUAUAAAGCUCAGUAAUAAAUAAUACACUGGAACCUUGGUUAGCGUCUUUUUUGGUUAACGUUGAAAAUGUACCCCACAAUUUUGCCUCUGUUUGCGUACAUUUUCCGGUUAGCGUACACGUCUUGUCCUAUUAUUUGUACACUGCGUGAGUGCAACUGUGUUCUUCAUGUAUUUUUUAUCUUUGUUAGCAUCCUUAGCUUGCAAACAAAAAUGGCAACUGGAAGUCAGCCAUGUCGCCCGUCUAUGACGUCAUCAGUGCUUGACUCCCAAAAGCGUGAACACAAAACACUUUUUUAUAGUUUUGAAAUGAUAGUGUUGCAUGUAGAAAACAAUUCUAAAUGCAUAUGCAGUGUUUCUUCGUUUAUCGCGGGGGGUAGGUUGCCAAAAUAGCCUGCAAUAAGUGAAAUCCGCAAAGUAGCCAACUUCAUUUUUCUACAUUGAUUCUCUAUGUUUUAAGGCUGUGAAACCCCUCACCAUCCACUUUACACUUUUCUCAGACGUCAACAUUUUCUCACAUUUCUCUCGUUUAAACACUCUCAAAAAAGUUCAAACCUUUGUUUGAAUUUUAAUGAUCAACACAAGAAAUGAAGUCACUCACGCAUAUUUCACUCCUGCGAUCGGGCCUUUUUUCGUCCUGGCGCUGUUCCGCUGUACUGUAGCGUUUUUGUAUCCUUAAAACAUAUUGCUGCAGACAACCCGAACAUUCAUUUACAAGCUAGCUAGCAAGCAAGCAACCUAGCGAUGACACAGGAGACAUGGCGGGAUGGCACAAAGGAGAUUGGUUGACAAUGAUUUACAGCCAAUCAGGACACGGAAAACAAUGGGCGGUGCAGACAGACAGAAGAGAUAGAUAUUCAGCUUCCCACAAUGCAGUUCUUCUUAAAGGGCCAGGCUCGGCAUGUAACGGAGUUCAAACGCUGUAAUAAAAAAGAAGCACUAAAAAAAAUCAGCGAAUCCGCAAAAGGUAAACCGCGAUAGAGCGAGGGAACACCGUACAUGACAAAUGAAAGGGACAAAUGAAGGGACCGUUAGGGUAAACCUAACAUUUAAGGUUAGGUUUACCUGCAUGAAAGACACAAUGUGGCAGCGAGAGACCACACGGACACCGUCUUGCUGUUAUUCAAGUUCUUUCUUGACCAACCAAGGUUCCACUGUAGUUAGCGCUGGUAAUGGUGUUAAAAAUAACGGUGUUACUAACGCUGUUGUAGUUUUCCAGGGAUGGGCAAUCCAAUGACUGACUAUUUCAAACAUUGCAACAGUGUUUCCGUUACCAACCAUGAAAUGCGGCAGGUUAUUAUGCACUGAUAUUUUGUAGCAAAGCUGGACGGUGCUUCAGUCGCCAUUGUUCACUACUACAAGACAGGAAGCUAAAUAGAGUCAACAACAGUUGCGGUUGCUCACGCUCAAGAAAUGCUGCCCCCUGGCUUCAUCAUAACAGUCUUGAAUAAUGAUUGGGAUUGUUGUCUGACUGUUUUGUGUGUCCAAGGAGGCGUGUGACCUUACCAAAGUUAAUGUUUUAUCUUUUAUUGAGCAAGAGUGGAACCCAUUUAAAUUGCGCAUGUGUCUUAUCAAGUCCUGGUCCACCGUGUUCUUCUUAUUACCAAAAAGUGCCUGCUUAAGCAGACAUGGCACAUACUGCACACAGUCAGCUGCUUUUCUCAAUGUAAAAUGUGCGAUCCAAAAGGUUCAGUUCUAUGAAAAACGUGCCUGUUUGUCAACACGUGUUGUAGUAUUGUCGUCAUUGUCAUCCCUCACGUGUUUUUGCAAAAGCAGAUCUGCGGUUAUGUCAAAAUCAAUAAAAAUGGCUGUUCUUUCAUCCCCCUUUCCGCAACUAAAAAAAAGUAGAAAAGCAACUUCUUUAGGUUGCAAAAUCCUUUAUUACCGCCCAUUCUCCUUGUGUCUGUGGCCAAAGUCACAAGCGAAUGUGCACGCAAUGGCUAAUUUCGCUGAUGUCGACGCGAUCAGCCAAACCGAGGGAUGUCGAUUUAAACGGGUUCUCCUCAGCAGGGAUGGUGUUGGUUAACAGGGGUCAUGGGACCGUAGUUAUGCAACCUUCUUACUAUGUCAUGCCAAGUCUUAAAAUGUCAAAUUGUGGACCAGUGUCUUUUCCUCUUGUUGAAGGAUGGCGGAAUCAUUCACACUUUUUGUAUACGUGAACAUUAAAGGUCACCUCUGGAGGGCGCAAGAACCUUAAGUUCUUGGGUGAUGCAACUCGGAGGAUUCAUAAAGAUUAAUAAAGAAAGCUUUUGCCAUGACAUUCCACACAUACAUUGUUGUUAUGGGGGCUUAUUAAAAGCGUACAUACCACAUAACAAGGACUGUUUGAAUUGACUUGAAAUGGAACUCACAUUUAUGUGUACGAGGCCGUUAUAAAGGCGUUCCAUUAUAGUUAGGGGUGUACUGGGACUCUUGAGCCUCACAGUGAACAUUCCGUCUUGUCACUUCGGACCAGUGGACCUACUCGAUUGAGAGAUAACUACAAUAUCUCUGCUUGGGGGCUCACAUUAGGGCCAAGUAAAUAUUGGUUAUCGCAUCCUAUGCUAUCCGUGAUCCGUGAGCUCAUCGGGCACUAACACGUAGGUGUCACAAAUGGGACUAGGAUCCCGUAUAGCAAGGAUCUUGACCGGUUCUAAGUCAGUCGUACGCGGUGCUUAUAAGGAGUGAUUUUCCUUCUAUGAUUUUCACCUCCGAUAAUUGUAACACAUUUGAAUGUUACUGUAUUAUUCUGACGCUCAAAAAUAAAGUCAUUAAAUCUGAAUAAAUUCUUCAUCGACUUCUUCCAUAACGAGUGGGUAAGUCUUGUUUUUUCGUGACAUGAGAUAGUUGUUAGUAGCUAGGAAAGGUUGCAGGAACUUACAGGAAACUUACAGGAAAAUCAUCAAAACAGUAUGAAAUAAUGAUUGCAAUUUGUGUUGUCUCACUGUUUUGUGUGCAAGGUUUGGCUUUAUUUUUUUAUUGCACUACUUUACAACUACUGUAGUCACCCCUGUAAUAUGUAUGGGCCAAAGUGUGCAAAGGCACGAGGAGUGGCAACAUCACAUUCUGUGUAACAAGAGAUACUCUGCUACUGUGUUACCGUGUUGUGCUCAAUCAAGUUGGUGUUCUUUUUCACUGCCCGAUUGAAUUUGUGCUUUACGUUUACUCUUGUUCUUUUAUCAAUUGAUUCAAGAUGGGUUAACUUUCAGGCAAUGGGAUUCCAUCCAUCCCAUCCGUUUUCUAUGCCGCUUCUCCUCAUUAGGGUCGCGGGGGGAUGCUGGAGCCUAUCCCAGCCGAUUUAGAUUUUUUUGUGUGUGAUUUUGAAUGUGUAAUGGUUACAUUACAUGAUGGUUAGAACUGGGGACAAAUGCAUGAUAAAAUCAUAAAAUAAAGCAAAUGUUACAGCAAAUGCUUUGAUCUGACACUAGUCUCUAGUGAAUGGAGCAUCAUGAACAACAACAUGGGCAGUGAUCAUUUUCCUAUUUUAUGUUCAUGUUGGCUUCCAUGUCAUUUGAACCCUUGGACCGAUGUGUAAAAAUUUGAACCAAAACCUUUACAUUGAGCCUGCAACUUUUUAUAAUGACCAGCAGAGGGCGACAAAGCACUGCAAAAGGAAGCCUACCUCACUUACUGCAUUCUCUCAGUUAAGAUUUGUUUAAUAUCCAAUCCACUUUAUUUAUAUACCGGAGCGCAUUUUAUCAACACUGUUUCCAAAGUGCUGCACAGACUAGUAAAAGUACACAUUUUCUACAGUAAAAAGUAAUACAAAUAAAAACAUAUAUUUAAAAUAAGUAAAACAAUAAAAGCAAUAAAUACAAGAAGUAAAAAGAAAAACCUAGGAUAAAUAAUACCAGUUAAAACUAAAAAGAAAAGAAUAAAAGACACAAAGGCCCACACACCUCACGCCGAGUUAAAAAACAGAGAAUAAAAGUGGCUUUUAAGAUGAGACAACUGUGGGGGCCGUU